CGGCCCGGCUGGCAGCGGCCGGCACUUCCUGUAUAAAGGCGGGCGGGCCGGGCUGCGACUCCCGCGAGCCGGGGCUGGGCUCUGGGAGGCAGGCGGCAGCGGCCGAGCGGUGGCAGGGCUGUCACCUUCGCGAGCCCAGCUCCUGGCGCUUCCCCGGGCCGUCCCUUCCGUUUCUCCGGGCUCCCGGCGUUGACAUCUACGAAGCGGAGAGCUGUAUGUGCGCGCGCGCGGGAACGGAAGAAUGGCAGUGCUCAAACUCUGCGAUCAGCCACCUCUGGUCCAGGCAAUCUUCAGUGGCGACCCAGAGGAGAUUCGCCUGCUCAUCCAUAAGACUGAAGAUGUGAACGCACUGGAUUCUGAGAAACGAACCCCGCUUCAUGUGGCUGCAUUCCUGGGAGAUGCAGAGAUCAUCGAGCUCCUGAUUUUGUCAGGAGCUCGCGUAAAUGCCAAGGACAACAUGUGGCUGACCCCACUGCACCGGGCUGUUGCUUCCAGAAGUGAAGAGGCAGUGCAAGUAUUGAUUAAACACUCGGCUGACGUCAAUGCAAGGGACAAGAAUUGGCAGAGCCCCGUCCAUGUGGCAGCAGCCAAUAAGGCUGUCAAGUGUGCAGAAGUGAUCAUUCCACUCCUGAGCAGUGUCAAUGUCUCUGACAGAGGGGGACGCACAGCCUUGCACCAUGCGGCUCUGAACGGACACAUGGAGAUGGUCAAUUUACUCUUGGCCAAAGGGGCAAACAUCAAUGCAUUUGACAAGAAGGACCGGCGUGCUCUCCACUGGGCAGCAUACAUGGGCCACCUGGAUGUUGUGGCACUGCUCAUUAACCAUGGCGCAGAAGUGACCUGCAAGGAUAAGAAGGGCUAUACCCCACUGCACGCUGCAGCCUCCAAUGGGCAGAUCAAUGUUGUCAAACAUCUCCUGAACCUGGGGGUGGAGAUUGAUGAAAUCAAUGUCUAUGGAAACACAGCACUUCACAUUGCCUGCUACAAUGGCCAGGAUGCUGUCGUUAAUGAGCUGAUCGACUACGGCGCUAACGUGAACCAGCCUAACAACAGUGGCUUCACCCCUCUGCACUUUGCAGCGGCGUCUACUCACGGUGCUCUGUGUCUGGAACUGUUAGUCAACAAUGGGGCCGAUGUGAACAUUCAGAGUAAGGAUGGCAAAAGUCCUCUGCACAUGACGGCUGUCCAUGGGCGGUUCACACGGUCACAAACCCUCAUUCAGAAUGGAGGUGAAAUCGACUGUGUGGAUAAGGAUGGCAACACACCUCUCCAUGUGGCUGCAAGAUAUGGUCACGAGCUCCUGAUUAACACCCUAAUAACUAGCGGAGCUGACACAGCCAAGUGUGGAAUCCAUAGCAUGUUCCCCCUCCAUUUAGCUGCCCUAAAUGCUCACUCUGACUGCUGCAGGAAGUUGUUAUCCUCUGGACAAAAGUAUAGCAUAGUGUCCUUGUUUAGUAAUGAGCACGUGCUGUCUGCAGGCUUUGAAAUAGACACCCCAGAUACGUUUGGAAGAACGUGCCUCCACGCCGCUGCUGCAGGAGGCAAUGUAGAAUGUAUAAAGCUCUUGCAGAGCAGCGGAGCGGAUUUUCACAAAAAGGACAAAUGUGGGAGGACCCCUUUGCACUAUGCAGCUGCAAAUUGUCAUUUCCACUGUAUUAAAGCAUUAGUGACCACCGGAGCCAAUAUCAAUGAAACAGACAACUGGGGACGGACAGCUUUGCACUACGCUGCUGCAUCAGACAUGGAUAGAAAUAAGAUGAUCUUAGGCAACGCCCAUGACAAUUCUGAAGAACUUGAAAGGGCCAGGGAAGUGAAGGGGAAGGACGCCGCGCUAUGUCUAGAGUUUCUGCUUCAGAACGAUGCAAACCCAUCCAUCCGGGACAAGGAAGGCUACAAUAGCAUCCAUUAUGCUGCGGCCUAUGGCCACAGGCAGUGUCUAGAACUGCUUUUGGAAAGAACCAACACUGGUUUUGAAGAAUCAGACGGCGGUGCUCUCAAGAGUCCACUCCACUUAGCGGCCUACAAUGGGCACCACCAAGCCUUGGAGGUCCUUCUCCAGUCCCUAGUGGACCUGGACAUCAGGGAUGAGAAAGGCCGGACGGCCCUGUACCUAGCUGCUUUCAAGGGACACACAGAAUGUGUGGAAGCACUUGUUAACCAGGGCGCAUCCAUCUUCGUGAAAGACAAUGUCACCAAAAGAACUCCACUUCAUGCCUCGGUUAUUAAUGGUCACACGCUGUGUUUGAGGCUACUACUUGAAAUAGCGGACAACCCGGAAGUGGUUGAUGUGAAGGAUGCCAAGGGACAAACCCCACUGAUGCUUGCAGUAGCAUAUGGACACAUUGAUGCCGUUUCGUUGUUACUUGAAAAGGAAGCAAACGUAGAUGCUGUUGACACAGUGGGCUGCACAGCUUUACAUAGAGGGAUCAUGACAGGACAUGAGGAAUGUGUGCAAAUGCUGCUGGAACAAGAAGCAUCCAUCCUCUGUAAAGACUCCAGAGGGAGGACACCCCUGCACUAUGCCGCUGCCCGGGGCCACGCCACGUGGCUGAAUGAGUUGGUCCAGAUUGCGCUUUCUGAAGAGGACUGUUGCCUCAAAGACAACCAGGGAUACACGCCGCUGCACUGGGCCUGUUACAAUGGUAAUGAAAAUUGCAUAGAGGUACUUUUGGAGCAAAAAUGUUUUCGAAAAUUUAUUGGUAAUCCCUUCACUCCACUGCACUGUGCAAUAAUAAACGGUCAUGAGAGCUGUGCAUCACUGCUCCUGGGGGCCAUAGAUUCCAGCAUUGUCAGCUGUAGGGAUGACAAAGGCAGGACAACCCUCCAUGCGGCAGCCUUUGGGGAUCAUGCAGAAUGCUUGCAGCUGCUUCUGAGGCAUGACGCUCAAGUGAAUGCCGUAGAUAAUUCAGGGAAAACAGCGCUGAUGAUGGCCGCUGAGAACGGGCAGGCAGGCGCUGUGGAUAUUUUGGUGAACAGUGCCCAGGCUGACCUGACUGUGAAAGAUAAGGACCUGAACACGCCCUUGCACCUGGCUAUCAGUAAAGGCCAUGAGAAAUGUGCCUUGUUAAUACUUGACAAGAUACAAGACGAGAGCCUUAUCAACGCGAAAAACAGUGCAUUGCAGACACCCCUCCAUAUUGCUGCACGCAAUGGCUUGAAGGUGGUAGUUGAGGAGCUGCUGGCUAAAGGAGCCUGUGUACUUGCCGUAGAUGAAAAUGGUCAUACCCCGGCCCUGGCUUGUGCUCCUAACAAAGACGUGGCUGACUGCCUGGCCCUCAUUCUGGCUACCAUGAUGACUUUUUCUCCUUCCAGUACAAUGACGGCUGUCAACUUCGUUUAUUUUAGAAAAGACAAUUUGAGCAGAAGGACCCUCUCCAAUAUGGGUAGUAGGGUUAGUCUGUGCAGUAACAAUUUGGACUCUGAGGGUGGGUACAAUGAAAAUGAUUCUGACUCGGAAACAUUCUAAGUUUGGGCUGUAGAGGUGUUUCCCCCAAUACUCCUGUUUCAGGAAGGGACGGAAGCCUGAAUUCCAGGUUACAUUGUAUUCAGGCAUUUGAGACCAAGCUUCCAGAAGCCAGCAGAAAAGGAGUCAGUCUAACCAAAAGAGGGCAACUAAGAUACUUCUAUGAAAGUCUACCUCUCAUUUUAAGUAAGGACAAAAAAUUAAGUAUCCCUCAUCUUUGGGGAUAAUACAACAGAGAGACAAAUAUUCAGUCUAAAGAUUUCUUUUUCCCCCUACAUACUCACCAGUGAGUUGUGUGAGGUUGGUCAAGGUGACAUUCAUGUCCCUUGGGAGGGGUGGGAAGAGGAAAUGGGAAAUGCCUAGACCCUCUUCUCACUCUGAUGUUUACUUUCUCACUAGAAGUCAAAGGUCAAGGUUCAUCUUUAGACAUGCCUGUAAUCGCCCUCUUAAGGGAGUCUACCUGACCCCGCCUCCUCCGUAGGAAGUUUGUAAAUGCCUAGAACUUCUUCCUAGGGUCUUGGUUAAAGUUGCCAGAUGAAUGUGAACAUGGUUCAUGCUCUUUUGUUAAUCACAAAUGAAAUAGCUCCCGGGGCUCCACAUAAGAAACAUGUGAGUCAUUUUUCAGUGGAGUAAUGGAUCCCAAAUUUACCCAAUAGCAUUUCAGGUGAAAUUAUAUUGUGCCAAAACUUGAAACAAUAUGCAAGUCAAAUAGGAAAUUACUGUUCGUUGAAUUUGCUCUAAAAUGAAAAUUCUAACUUUGUAACGGCAUCAGAAUGGCUGGUACUGUCCUUCAGUGGUUGGAUAGCAAAUUAGCUGCUCAGCCAAGGUCAUGCCACACGAGUGACAGUGAAAAGGAACCAAGGAAAUGACAGCAGGAAGCAGAAAUGCUUGGUGUGGAAGUGCAAACCAAUUGCCAGUUGUUUGGUAAUGAAAUCAGCAUUGUGAAUACUGUGUCUGCUCCCUCUGCCAAAGCUUCUAGGUCGAAUGGACCCCGUUCUCCACCUGGAACAGCUGUACGAAAAGAAGAAUGAGACUUUAAGAAUUAUGCACAUACACAUGCACACAUGUGUGUAUAUUUAUGUAUGUACUUCAUCAACCAGCUAUCCAUGAGGACCAAAAUGCUUCUGCUUAAACUGGGAUGUUCUAAGUGUUUUUUUCUUUCUACAUGCAAGUGAGAACUGCAGUAACUUUUCUAUGGGGUUAAAAUGUAAUCGUUUUACAUACCAGUCUUUAUUGUAUUUUAUAUUUCUAAUGACACAGAUUUCUAGUUGAUAGCUUGACAUUUGUAACCGAUGAUGUGUUGACCACAGGUUUUUGUUUUCAGACUAGAGAAUAUGUCUGUAUACUUUGAUGUAAAUGUGUUUCUAUUUAUUUGAAAUGAAAGAAAUGCCAAGAAAUAUCCACUGUUUAGAUUUGCCCUCACUCUCUGUCUCUGUCUCUCUGUCUCUGUCUCUGUCUCUCUCUCCUCUCUCUCUCCUCUCCUCUCUCUCUCUCUCUCCAUCUCUCUCUCUCUCUCUCUCUCUCUCUCUCUCUCUCUCUCUCUCUCUCUCUCUCUCUCUCAUGUCCCUUAUUUAGCAUAACAAAGUAGAUGGGAAAAUACUCUUGACUCUGGGCUACCCAAUAGCUCUGGGAUUAAACCCAGCAUUUCCCACUACUACCAGCUAACCCUUGGGUUUGUCUAUUGUUUGACCCCAUUCUGUAGCCAAUCAGAGCCUCUCUGUGGGAUGAAAACUGAUAUAGCAGAUCAUAUACACGUAGCCCAAAGUAAGACCCAGAGACUACAGAAACUACACCAAAAAUGUCACAUAGUCCUGACACUUAAUGGGAAAUGAUGCCAAGUAUGGGCACUGUGCCAGAAAAGGGAAUUUCAAAGUGCACAGAUGCUUGAGUGCUCUGGUCCACUAGCUGGAGACUUGGGAGAGAAGUCUGCAGCCAUAGGGCAUGAAUUUGCAGUAUUUUACUGUAGGUUUUCUCUUCUCCUUUGAAGUUUCUAUUUUACAAUAUUUUGAGAGUUUUAAAAAUAAUCCUAUCACAUCUGGCCCAGACCCAGAUAAUGUAUUCUAUCAUUUCCAUUGAGCUGUAAGAGACUUUGCCCUUACUAUUUUAAUAUCCUGGAUUUAAUUAAAACUCCCGUUGGUUCGUCACAAAUGAAAACUUGUUUUUGAUAGUUUUAUAAAACUGAUACUGAUGUCAUUAAAAAAAUUUGUUUUUACACCAGCAACUUUUUGUUUUUACAUUCUUGGUGUAAUGUAUCCCUCCAUCUUGUCUUUUUGUUUAGAGCAGGUCCAUUUGAACCAAGCAGACAGACCUAUUAAUGGGCAGCAAUGACCUUACCUUUAAGGAAUCCAGAGGCUUGAGGGGGCACUCACACUGAGGAAGUGUGAUGUACUGUAGUGUCUUUUUCUAGAGAUGAGUAGUGGAAGUCUUGCUGGGUUGGCAUUUAAAGCAGAAAAUGAAAUGCCUGCAUUGCUAGUGAUGCAGCCCAGAGCAAGGGUUUCACUUCUGCAAAGCAGUGACCUCGCAAGAGACAUUGUGUCUGUCGAGCUAUGCUGGACCUCCCUGGCUCAUUCUGAUAGAGGAUAUACAAACAAACACAAGGAAAUUGAGCUUACAAAGAGCCAUUCUUCUGAGUCGCUGUCUGUCUGUCUGUCUGUCUGUCUGUCUGUCUACCUACCUUCCUGUCUCCCCGCCUCACCGGUUUCCUACCCCUGUCCAACAAGACCAAAUUUUUUAAAGAAAUAACUUUUGAAAACUGAAAUUUUUAUGUAUUUUUGUUAUCUCAUCAAUGUUCACCGCAUCACUUUCUGAGGAGAAGAUGUUUUUAGUAGUUUCAGUUGCUCAGUGCUUUUAUCUAAAUGCAGUGUUUUCAGACUGUGUAUUAACCACAGCCACAUGUUUGAUUGCGCCUCCCUAGUCACUGGUGUCUGCCUAUCUUUGGUAAAUUCAUUACCAUCUCCAAAUUGCCUAAAGUCCUAGUAAAUAAUAGCUCAGGGGAUUUCUAUUCAUCACUACUAGAAGGGCGCUGUGGUAUGCUUUGGUACUUUGGGCAGUGAGCAGCUGCGGGACUUGUCAUUGCUCUAGAACAAGAACACCGGAUGGAUCUGCCACACUAGUCGUGUUUCACACUGUGGAGCAGUUUGGCUUGUGCAUCCGUGGCGCUUGUUGAGGAACUCAUCCCUUUGUGGUGUCGUAACAUGACGGUAGAGUGCCUUUUUAUAUUUGUAUAUCCUGGAAACGUUCUGUGAAACAUUUUGUAUUUUUUCAUUUGAGUGUUAUCGGAGCAAUAUAAUCCUAGUGGGCUUUUCUUUCUUUGACUGUACCAAGUGUCGCCUUUCCUCUUCCUCCCCUUCUCUGCUGUGAAAUGAAAAUGCUCAAGUUUUCUAUAGGAAUUAUGUUUGACUUUGCAGUACUGAAAUGCUUUCUUCUUACCGAACUGUAAACCAUAGGUCAGUAUUAUAGGAGGACAGCGUUUUAAGAUAGUGACAAUCUGAGCGUGUUUGUAAGAUGUAAUUCUGUGUGUUUCCUACCCGGUGAUCUGAAGACUCGAGGCGAGGAUCUUUUGUUUAGCAGUUUUGUCUCCAGACCACGCUUCAGCAUGUGCAAUAUAUCCUUGCAAAGCACGGUGAUACACAUCUUAUGCCAGUGUUACAUUUUGUAAAACGUGUUUGUAACAGCAUAAACUAUUAUGUGAUGAUUUCAGUGGGAUUUUUUCGUCUGUAAUUUUAAGAUGUAGAUUGGAGUUGAGUGACUUUGGUAAACGUCCUGAGUGUAAAAAAUGAGGAAAAAUGGCAUUGGGUUCAGUGAAGGACUUUGGACCAGUGUGAAUCUUCCCAAGCACAGGUUAAUACUUUCCCAACUACUGAGUGCUCUAAUAUGCAAUGAAGUACUUACCUGUAACAUACGAUGGACAUGCAUUCAGAUGGUUAUUUUUACAAAUAAAAACGGUACAAAUAUU